CGGCAAGAGCGGAGGAUGAUCGUUAAUCUCCGCACGUUCAUCGGAAAUUUCGUCGGCUGCUACUCCUCUGAAUCAACCCCAAAUCUGCUUCCUACAUUGAAUCGCUUCUUCUUCUUCGCCUAAGCAAUAACUCGAAGCUAAUCUUCCUGCAUUCACCAUUCUCCGGUUGUUCUCGUCAAGUAGGCUAAUCAGCUAUGAUGGAAACUGAUCCUGUUGACUCGUCAUCUCAGUCUCCAGCUAUAGUAUCUGAGAAAGAUGUAACCAUUCCUGGUAAUUCUGAAACUUUUCAAGAAGUUAUGGGUGUUGAAGAAGGUCCUGUGAGCUCUGUAGGAGAAGCUCCUAAAGAUUUUAAUAGGACAGAAGCUUCAGCUGCAAAGGUUGAUACUCCAAUGCCUUCUACUGGCUCUGAACCUUCGAGUAAAACUGAGGAUAUAGUUCCAUGCCCGCCAGGUUCAUCCCCACGCGAAUCGCCACCAUCUAUAUUUUCUUCUUCUGGUCUUUCUUCUUGGGCCAAAAGUUUGAAAUUCCCGCAGCAAGAUCCAAACACUGCAGAUUCUGGGAUGUCAGCUUUCACAAGAUUCACCUCUGAACUUGGUCUGCAUUUGCCAACGAAAGGGUCAGAUGAGGCCAGCGACCCUAAACCACCAAACACACAAGUUGGUGGUGCUCUUGAGUCGCUCACGAAAGCCGUGGUAGAUUCCUCUCGUGGUGCUGUAAAAGCAAUGCAGGUGAAAGCACGCCACAUUGUCUCGCAGAACAAAAGAAGAUACCAGGAGGGGGAAUUCGAUUUGGACAUGACAUAUAUAACUGAGAAUGUAAUCGCAAUGGGGUUCCCAGCUGGUGACAUAAGCUCUGGUCUUUUUGGAUUUUUCGAGGGAUUUUAUCGUAACCACAUGGAAGAGGUGAUCAAGUUUUUCGAAACUAAUCACAAGGAAAAAUAUAAGGUCUACAACCUUUGUUCAGAGAGAUUGUAUGAUGCUUCGAGAUUUGAGGGGAAGGUUGCAUCUUUCCCAUUUGAUGACCAUAACUGUCCUCCUAUCCAAUUGAUACCAUCAUUUUGUCAAAGUGCAUACACAUGGCUGAAGGAAGAUAUCCAAAAUGUAGUGGUAGUUCAUUGUAAAGCUGGAAUGGCAAGAACCGGAUUAAUGAUUUGCUGUCUUCUUCUAUAUCUCAAGUUCUUUCCUACAGCUGAGGAGGCUAUUGAUUACUAUAAUCAAAAGAGAUGUCUUGAUGGGAAAGCUCUCGUUCUCCCAAGUCAGAUUCGAUAUGUCAAGUACUACGAACGUGUUCAAAAUCAAUUUGACGGGAAAGUUCCAGCUGAACAAAGAUGCAUGCUCAGAGGGUUUCGUCUAAUCAACUGCCCUUACUGGAUUAGACCUGCCAUUACGAUCUCCAACCACACUGAUAUACUUUUCUCAACAAAGAAGCAUCAGAAAACCAAGGAUUUGGGGCCUGAAGAUUUUUGGAUAAAGGCACCCAAAAAAGGAGUUGUUGUCUUUGCAAUACCUGGUGAAGCUGGUCUAACAGAAUUAGCCGGAGACUUCAAAGUCCACUUUCAAGAUAGUGAUGGAGAUUUUUACUGUUGGCUAAAUACUACACUGACUGAUAACAGAACAAUGCUGAAAGGUAGUGACUUUGAUGGCUUCGAAAAGAGAAAACUGCCUGCACCGGGUUUCCAUGUCGAGAUCGUAAUGAUAGAAUCCGACAAUUCUCAACCAACAAAGUCCAAAUCUGAUUCCACCCAAAAACAAUCUCAAAGCAGCUCCAGUGCUGGAUCCAGCAAACUCAAGUCUAAUCAGAACGAAGACGAUGAUGUAUUCUCCGACAGUGAUGGGGAAGAGGACAGACACUCAAAACCCAUUGAGACCAAUUCAAAAACCGAGAAAACCGUAGACUCGAUGCACACAACUAGUAAACCUCAUCAGAUCAAUGAGCCACCAAAGAUAGAUGUCCAUGACUCUUCCGCAAACAGAAGUCUCACAAGUUCAUCAUCCUCCGGUCUUCAUAAUCCAGUACCAAACCACUCAUUAGCAGUUAGUGAUAUCAAAGCUAUUGCUGCAGACGCAUCGGUCUUCUCCUUUGGAGAUGAGGAAGAAGACUAUGAAAGCGACUGAGCCUGAAAAGUCAGGCUUUAUCACACUUUAUCAUACGUACACAAAUAUAACAGAUUUUGUAUUGACUCUGUUUCAAAAGAAACAAUUGUAACAAUUGCAAACUGUAAAAGAAAAUAACAGAAUCUUUUCAUUGUUCCCCAAUUGCAUUUGUGGUUGGAAAUAA